AUGGCGUACGCUGCGGCUGUCAAGCGGGAGUUCCCCUCGCUGUCAAAUAACACGCAACUAGCAAACGCUGGCCAAGCAUCGUUAUGGUCCACGGCCGGCGCACGAAACAUUGGCAGCCAGUCGAUACAACGGGGCGCCAACACGCCCUUGUCGUCGCAGCAAGGCCAGCAGCAGGAGGACAUGUUUGGUGCGUCCACACGACUGCCGUCCAACCAAGGCUCCUUCCGCUUCGGCAGCCAGGCCGCCAAUAUUGGCCAGGCCAGCAUCGGUCAGGCGAGUAUCGGCCAGAAUGCACAAUCAUCACAGCCGGGCGCCAUCGACGAUUUCCCACCACUGAACCGGUCCGCCACCACAGGCGAGAUUGGUCAGGACCGCACGGCGAGCCUGAUGUCCAGUCUCGGUUACAGCGGCGCCCAGACGUCGGCAACUUCACCCGCGGCACCAGGAGGUGCAGCAGCAGUCGGCGCCCGCAGCAUAGGCAACGGCCUGCUCAACGCCCUGUCGGCCAACUCGGGAUCGCGAGUCGCCAGCGGUGGUAGCGAGGUGCGGUCACCAGUCGGUACACGACCGCAGGAGACAAGAAGCCUGGCAGCGGAGGAGGAGGCGGCGGCACGACAGAAGAUGGACAGCGAUGCUGCGUCCGCUUCUGCUGCUGCUGCGACGGCGGCGGCAAGUGCGACGCAGUCGCCAAUAGGAGGACAGGCUGGCGGGCCGGUGCGCGGUGCCGACGGGCGCAGCUCGAUUGGUACGAUGGGCGGCGGCGAUGGAGCUCCUUCUGGCAAGCUGCGGGAGGAGAGCGAAACAGCAAUCCACGCCAGCCAAGAUCCCCUGGCCGGCACGGCACCCAUCGACCGGUGGGGCAUGAAGGGCCUGCGGUCCUUGCUGAACAAUCCAGAGUACAGCGCCAUGAUCUCGGGGUACGGGCUGGACCUGAACGCGCUUGGUGUGGAUCUGAACACGAACGACCUCUUGUCCACGCAAACGUACUCGCUGUUUGACGGCGCGGCACCGCGACCCGCCAUGCCCAAGUUCCGCCUGCCCGAGUGCUAUAAGGUGUCCAACGUUGGCCCGAUCGAGAGCAAGAUUGCGAGCUUUAACGAGGAGACUCUGAUGUGGAUCUUUUACUCGUGUCCAAACGACAUCAAGCAGCAACUUGCUGCCAUUGAACUGAACAACCGCAAUUGGCGAUGGCACAAGCGGCAGCAGGUCUGGCUUACCAAAGACGACCUGAUGAUGCCGCAGGUCCUUAGCAUGAACCACGAGCGUGGCUUCUACAUUGUGUGGGACGUGUCGACCUGGCGCAAGGAGCGGACAACGAGGGAAAUUACUCUCAACUAUGGCGACCUGGACAAUGCCCCGGUUGCCGCAGGAGGCGCCGUCUAA